CUUUAUUGGCUUCUCUUCUGAACCUUACCACUUUGAGAGUAUCCAUGGCGGUUACAUUUUCUAAUCUGCACACAGAGCAAGGUCACAAAUCCCUCGAGGAGCACCUCGCCGGAAAAACUUACAUCUCCUGCGAUCAGCUUUCGUUGGAUGAUGUGAAGGUUUACGUUGCCGUAUUGGAGAAGCCAGGAGAUGGCUUUCCCAAUGCUAGCAAGUGGUAUGAUAACAUUGCUUCCCACCUCGCUAAAAGUUUUCCCGGACAAUCUGUCGGAGUGAGAGUUGGUGGUGGUGUUGCUCCUCCAUCUGAAGAAGCUCCGCUGACUGAGGCAUCUGUUGCUAGAGCUGAUGGUGGUGAUGAUGAUGAUGAUGAUGAUAUUGAUCUUUUCGCUGAUGAAACUGAAGAUGAGAAAAAAGCUGGAGAGGAGAGACAAGCUGCUAAGGACACUAAGAAGGCUAAAGAGAGUGGAAAGUCUUCUGUGCUUCUGGAAGUAAAGCCAUGGGAUGAUGAAACCGAUAUGAAGAAACUAGAAGAAGCUGUUCGUAGUGUUCAGAUGCCGGGUCUUACAUGGGGAGCCUCGAAAUUGGUACCUGUUGGUUACGGGAUAAAGAAACUCACAAUUAUGAUGACCAUUGUUGAUGACCUUGUGUCUGUGGACAACCUCAUUGAAGACCAUCUCACUUCAGAACCUAACAAUGAGUACAUCCAAAGUGUUGACAUUGUCGCUUUUAACAAGAUUUAGAGACUCCAUAACCCUUCCUCAUGAAAAAGCUAUCGAAUGUCCAGUUUGGUGUUCA